CGCACCCCCGGCCUGCCCGGGACACCGGCGGAGGAGCAGCGGCCGCCCCGGGAGCGCUGAGCGGGGUGAAGCAAAUGGACAAGGAAGAGGAAGAAGCUGACAAUGAGGAACAAGAUCACAUCCCCCCAGAAAAUGAGAGAGGCAGUUCAGAGGAAUGUCUUCCAGAGGCCAAGGAAACAGAGGAAGAAACCAAGCAUGUCAUCAAAAAUAUCCCAUGGACCACGUCCAAGGACUUUACAGUGGAGAGAGGACGGCAGCAAAUUGAAGAACUAAUUUCUACAUGGGACAUUCAUGAAAGCUGGCUUCACCACUCAGAAUUUCUCGAGGAAGAAGAACUGAAGGACAGCAAGAGGUACCAUUACAGAGCUUGCUGGGGCCUCCCAACACGCAGAAAACCUAUCCCACGAGCAACAGCAAAUGUCUACUUCGUUAUAGUGAUCUCCAAAUUCAAACCUGAUACUGCACCUGUGGAGAUUUUCUACAGACUGGAGUCCAGCAGGCUGAUUCGGAGGCCAGAACAGUGUCAGUUUAGAGAAAAGUGGCUUCAGGACAUAAUUGAAAAUAAAAUAGUGUGUGCAGAAAGACUUGCUUCCCGAUGGAACAGCUCCAAUUCACCAUACCAAUACUCUACUGUGGAAAACCAAAUAAAGAAAUAAACCAAAUGAAGAAAUA